AUGGGAUUCCCGCCGACGCCACCGCCCCCAUAUGAGGUAGAGCCACAUCCACGGGCAUCCUUCGCGUCCCCGUCGUCAUCCCCGACCCCGGCCCCGGCCUCGGCCCCGUCGCAACCUCCGAUAACCUCCUCUCUCCUAGACGGGAAAGUUCCGCUUCCGCCUCCGUCUCCCGCUCCGGGCUCCUCCUCUCUCACCUCCGGAGUAUGGCUCGGCUCCGAUCCCCGCUCAUCCUCCACUCAGUCUCUCCUCCCCGGCGACUCCUACUCCCCGUCUCCGUCGCUGUCGGCUUCCUCCGUGGCCGAUCCUCGUGGCCGUCGCACCCUCCUCGUCAUCUAUCUCCAUGGCUUCCUCGGCAAUGACCAAUCAUUCCGCUCGUUUCCUGCCCAUGUCCACGCCCUCUUGACGAACAUGCUAGUUGACUCCCAUGUUAUCCACUCCAAGAUCUACCCGCGCUACAAGACGUAUCGUUCUGUCGACGUCGCCCGGGACAACUUCAGUACCUGGAUAGCGCCUCACGAAUCCCCAAAUACCGACGUCAUCCUUGUUGGUCAUUCUAUGGGUGGCAUCCUGGCUGCGGAUGUCAUCCUCAUGCCGGAUUAUAACCCAUAUGGUCAACAACAAUUCAAGCACCGCAUCCUCGGCCAUGUCUCCCUCGACUGUCCUUUCCUCGGUCUCCACCCAGGUAUUAUUGUCUCUGGCAUCCAGAGUCUCUUCAAGCCGGCUCCUCAGCCCCAGGAACCACCAGCCCCAGAUAACACCAGCACAUACCAUCUGGAGGCACUCAACAGCUCCAGAACCUCAGUCGCAAGUCCGGGAACCUCGUCCGUGAAUCUCACACCUUCUCAGUCCUCUCUGGCGGGAUACGCACCAAGUAUCUCUUCAACCUCAUCCUCGGCCCCUUCUGCAUUUGCGCCAGCCGACCCCUUCUUCAACCAGCCAUUCUUCAACGACGCCGCCUUCCGCGAGCAGCCCUUCGUCCGCCGCAUGCUGCACUUCGCCUCCAAGUACCGCUCCGAGGGUCUCAUCCAGGCGGCCGUCAAGCACAUGGGCUCCUACCUUGAGUUUGGAAGCUGCCUUGCGGAUCUGACGGGGCUAGAGGCGAGAUACUGUCGCCUCCGUGCGCUGGAGGACGUCGACGAGCUGCAACCGUUUGGUCCAGGCAAGGACCCUCGUGGCCCGACGACAAGGGUACGAUUUGUGAAUUACUACACGUUAUGUACCGGCCGACCGAAAACGCCCAAGCCUGGAACGCCCGAGACAGACUCUUCCGAUGAGGAAGUAGAGACAGGAGUUUCUUCCCAGAUAGACGGAUUCCAUAACGAGACGCCAACGGACGAAAAUAAUUCCCUAGGACCAAAGUCGCCUCCCCUGUUGGAGACAGAUGAGGAAGCACAUCUCAAACCCAACUUUCACAGCCCCAGGCCUAGCAUCACUAUCGAGGACCACGACCAAAAGGGCAAAUCAUUAGCCAUUUACCCGCCCCCCGGUCAGAGCUCUGACUAUAAAGCUCCAGAAUCGCGAGGCUUUGAGAAUGCUACAAACGAGGACGGCGUCUCCCCCCUGUGCUCGGACAUGGACGGCCUCUCUAUGCAAUUUCUCGACCCAACUCCCAUGGAAGAGCCUAGCCCUAUAGAGGAGCCUAGCCACAUGAACGAGUACACCUUCAAAGACCAGCCCGCUCCCAUCGAUGAUUCCACCCACUCGGAACCCCGAGACUCCAUCACCACGCAUACCCGGCCCUCCAUAGAUCAAGACUUUGAGCUCGACCUGGCCCCCGUCCCCAACGAGCCCACCCAACCAGACCUCCCGGACCUGAGCCUCUACACCGACAAGGACGCUCGGAAGCAAGCCGAGCGCGAGGCCAAGCGUCUCCAGCGCGCAUACGACCAGGCCGUCAAGGACCGCACAAAGGCAGUCCGUGAGCGUGAGAAGAUCAUCGACAAGAGGCGCAAGAAGGCUCUCAAGGCCGCUGAGAAGCUGGCUAAGGAGGCGCUUAAGGAGGCCGAGAAGCUGGAAAAGGACGCUUUAAAGGAGGCGGAGCGAGAGGAGAAGGCGGAGCGAGAGGAGAAGGCGGCUCGCAAGGAAGCGGAGCGCCAGGAAUCACACGAAGUCAAAGAAAAGCACCGCCUCCAACAAGAAGCCCUCCGAAUGGAACAAGAAGCUCUUCGUCUGCAAUACGAACAGAUUCGCCAGCAGCAACCCGCCAGCGAACCUCCUCCUCCCAUUAAGCGCGACAUAACGUCGUCUACAUCCUCUCCAACACCGCCAACCGUAGCCCUCCCAGAGAUGACGCUCCGUAGCAUUGCCUCCUCCUCCUCCUCCGUCACCCCGCCAAGCGCUCCCGUCCCGGAGGCCAAGCCCCGCAAACUCCGGAAGUUCUGCAACCUGCCCGACCCGGUCCCCACUGCGGCCGGCGGCACCGCGCGCGACCGCACGUGGGUCGACAUCUUCAUGGCCGACGUCGACGAGGUCGGCGCCCACUGCGGGUUGUUCAUGGCCGGGCCGCAUUACGAGCGGUUGGUGGGCGACGUUGGAAGUCGAAUCGUUGGGUGGGUGCAGGAGGACCUGACAAGACGGGCCAUCUUGGAGAUGGGGGAGUGA